AUGAAGUCGCUCAUUACCUUUGCCCUCGCGGCCUCCUGGCCAGCGAGGCCGUCGCCCAGCGUCACCACGACCACCGCGAUAUGCACCGCUCACUCAAGCGCCGAACUCCCUCAAGGUUCGCCGCGAACCCGCCGUCGUCACCCAGUGGGUCGCCAGCGCUACCGAGACCGUGUACGAGCUCGAAGGCGAGGCCCUUUCAAGGAGGAGGCCGCCAAGGGACUGGAGGAUGGCCUCCUCGUCGUCAUUGGCGAGACUACCCCGGAGAUCACCCCCGAGCAGGGUGCCCAGUUCUUCGAGAAGAAGAAGCCCAAGACCACCUCCACCCCCGAGCCCGAGCCGACCCCCGAGCCCACUCCGACUCCCAGCCCCGCCGUCGAAGGCCCCAAGGGACUGACCGCCAACUUCCCUAGCGGCUCGAUCCCCUGCACGCAGUUCCCGUCCGACUACGGCGCCAUUCCCAUCAGCUAUCUCGACACCAAUGGCUGGGCUGGCAUUCAGCGUUGCCCCACCUAUAGGAAGGGCGACUCGGCCAUCAGCUACAUCGAGACCGCUGUCAAGGGCGAUGGGUGUAAGACGCAGUGGCCCUCGGCGCAGGGCGCUACCCUUCAAUCCAUCGGCGGUCUGUACUGCAACAGCGAUGGCUUCCUCGAGCUCACCCGUCCCGAGCACCCCACCCUCUGCGAGUUGGGUGCUGGCGGCGUCUUCAUCCAAAACGAUCUUGACCAGGUCGUCUCCACCUGCCGAACCGACUACCCCGGAACCGAGUCCAUGGUCAUCCCCACCGUCCUCCAGCCCGGUGAGAAGCAGCCCCUCACCAACCCCGACUCUUCUUCGUACUACGUGUGGAACAACAAGGCCACCACGGCCCAGUACUACGUCAACAAGAAGGGCGUCAGCGUCGAGGACGGCUGCCUCUGGGACAGCUCUAGCAACCACGACGAGCGCGGCAACUGGGCGCCCAUCAACAUCGGUACCGGAAGGAGCACUGAUGGCAUCACUUACCUUUCUAUCUUCCCCAACUCUCCCACCACCACGGCUAAGCUGGACUUCAACAUCAAGAUCACUGGCGAUGUCAGCAUCGAGUGCGAGCUUCGGAACGGCGUCUACACCAACGGCAAUGCCAAUGGCUGCACGACGGCGAUCCGUGAUGGUGGCGUUGCUAUCAUCCGCUACUUCUAA